AUGGCCAAAUAUGACUUGAAGCUCCUUCGGUCACUUCUAUCGCGCUCGGGAGGGCCCUCUCGUUCUUGCAGCAAGGUCCAGUCUCGUCGCCUCGCAACCGAGAAGCCUCCGACACCACCGAGCAACAAUGAGGACUUUGUCUCGAUAGUUGAUGCUCCGCCACGCCUUGUGCGUACCGGCGAAAAACACAGUAAAGUCGGCAUUGCCCUCCUCUCGCUCAUACCCGUCACCGCCUUCGCUCUUGGAACCUGGCAAGUCCAACGGCUGGAUUGGAAGACCAAGCUCAUUGCAAAGUACGAAGACCGUCUCGUGCGGCCACCGCUGCCACUCCCGCCGAGGGUUGACCCUGAAGCAAUCCAUGAGUUUGACUAUAGAAGGGUGUAUGCCACGGGAAGGUUCAGACAUGACAAAGAGAUGCUCAUCGGGCCGAGGACGCAGGACGGCAAAGAUGGGUACAUGGUGGUCACUCCUCUGGAACGAGAAGGGGCGAGCACUAUCCUGGUGAACAGAGGAUGGAUCAGCAAAGAGAAGAGAUUUCAAGUCGACAGAGAUCCGGAGAGCCUGCCCAAGGGCGAGAUCACGGUAUCGGGGCUGCUCAGAGAGCCUUGGAAGAAGAAUUUCUUUACGCCCAAAAACCAGCCCGAGCAGGGCAAGUUUUACUUCCCCGAUGUUCACGAGAUGGCAGAGGCGGUGGGUGCUGAACCUGUCUGGAUCGAAGAAACCAUGACUCCAGACCUGUUGGUGAGCUACUCGCGAGAGGCGAAAGGGAUCCCGAUUGGGAGAGCACCAGAAGUCAAUCUGAGGAACAAUCAUUUGCAGUAUAUCUUUACAUGGUGA